AUGUCCGUGCUAUCUUUCUCCGACAUCCUCGCCCAAAGGCAGAAGUCGGCACGCCUGGCCGGAACAAUCGCACCAGUCACAACUUCAGAGAUGUUCAAGAGUCCAAGGUGUUUUCAAAAGCCACCAGCCAAGUCCUUUGAACAUCGACUGAAUGUCGAAUCCAAAUCUCGUGGUGCAGCAACCCUAAAAGCAGCCGGCGCUGAGCUUAACGCCGAUGUCAUUAGCCUUGGAACUGGAAGACCCUCCCCAGAAUACUUCCCAUUUCUCAAAAUGUCUUUAGAAUUUCCUGUCGGUACUGCUGGAUACACCACCGAGAAUACUGAAUCUUACUCAGUGGGCAAAUACGAUAUUCAGAGCAAGAAGUCCACAUUCGACCUUGCGGUGUCCCUCAACUACGGCUAUAGUGCAGGGUCCGAGCAACUCAUACGGUUCCUGACUGAGCACGUCGACGUUGUGCACAAUCCACCCUACUUGGACUGGCAAUGCUCUCUAACUGCUGGAACCACUUCAGCCAUUGACUGUGCCUUUCGAACAUUCUGCGACCGGGGAGACUUCGUCAUCACGGAAGAAUAUACUUAUUCUGCAACACUUGAAGCUGCACGGCCUCUUGGAAUCCGCACUGUCGGUGUUCCGAUGGAUGAUCAAGGUCUGUCAGCAAGCCAUCUCGAUGCAUUGCUUUCGCAGUGGAAUCCAUCCGAGCGAGGCGCAAGAAAGCCUUUCUUGCUUUACACUAUCCCAACAGGUCAGAAUCCCACCGGUGUCACACAGAGCAUUCAAAGACGCAGGGAAAUUUAUGCAGUUGCCGAGCGACACGAUCUGUUUAUAAUUGAAGAUGACCCUUAUUAUUUCCUACGCCUUGGACCCAAAGCACCUGUUCCCGCAACAAAUGGACACCAGUCAAAGUCCGAUGCCGCAGAUGAGGUCGAGUUAUUCCUGCGCGACCUCAUCCCGUCCUUUCUUUCCUUGGACGUUUCCGGACGCGUACUCCGCCUCGACUCGACAUCCAAAAUCCUUGCCCCCGGAUUGAGAUGCUCAUGGAUGACAGGAUCCGCUGAAGUUAUCUCUCGCUUUCUCUAUCUGCAUGAUGCGACUAUUGUGUGCCCAAGUGGGCUCUCUCAGCUGGCCGUACAUACGCUUUUGGAUGAGGUUUGGGGCCACGAGGGUCUCAUCAGAUGGCUUGUUCACUUGCAGAAUGAGUAUACUCAGCGACUCAAUGUGAUGCUUCAGUCAUGCGAAGAACAUCUUCCUGGAGAUAUCUGUUCUUGGCGGACGCCUGAGGCUGGCAUGUUCCAUUGGAUCAAAAUCGAUUGGCGAGCACACCCGCUGGCUUCUAGCUCUACCAGGUCCGAGCUCGAAAGGGUGAUUGAUAUAGAAGAUCGACUUUAUUCCAAGGGAUUGAAGAUGGGGGUCAUGUGUUGUAAAGGAAGUGCAUUCCAUGCGGAUGAGGCGGGAGAAUGCGAUAUGUUUUUCCGUGUCACCUUUGCGAGCGCUUCGCUUUCUCAGAUAGCGGAAGCAAUUGCGAGGUUUGGAAAGGCUAUCCGUGAAGAGUUUGCGAAGGCAACUUGA